UUUAGGAGGACAAUGGAGAGGUUGGAGAAUUUGAGUGAGAGGAGAGAGAAACUAGUAUUGACUCAAAGCAACAGAAUAGAUAAGAUCUUAACAAAUGCGCAUUAUUCUUAUUGUUUUUAAGAAGAACUAGAGGCUGAAGAUUCUGAGGAUGAUCAAAAAGCACUCAACUAUCCUAAAAGUUUGAUAUUUCGUCAUUCCACACCUGGAAAUCAAAAUUAUAUUAAGAAAUCUAGCUUCUUGACAUCCUUUAAGAUUGCAAGUGUUUCUUUAUUUGGAAUAAAUAACAAGAAUAAAAGAUAUAAGAAGUUUUUAACUUCAUCAUUUCCCUUAGAGGUAUCCAGAUUAUAUAUUAAUUCUUGCAAAGUUCCUUUAAAAGAUGUUUUCCCUGCCUUCAAUGCGAUUAUGGGAAUCAGUUCAAGAGUAUGCCGCGAGAUACUAAUUAGUACUCUCAAGAUCAAUGCUAGUCGGUUUAAAAGAGUAGUUGCCGCUUUUAAGCAUGUUCACCUAAUUAGAUUUUCUCUUUGUAAAAUUUCAAUCCCCAAAGCCUUUAACCUUUCACAAGCAUUGAGAAACACAAAAAUCAACAUAUUUGAUUGUUCUUACUGAGGAAAUUCUAAUUACUGUGGUUGGAAGAAUAACCCCCAAGAAUUUGCAAGCUUAAUUAAAGCACUUGUUACUUCCCCCGAUUUAAAGCUCAGCCUUCAGAGAAUAGAGGCUUAUCAUUCAUGCAUAUCAAUGAGUAAAAUCAGGAAGAUUCUAGAUGCAAACAGCUUUAAUAAUGUUGAUAUAAUAUCCUAA